GGCCGUGGAGAGGGGUAGAGGGAUCUGGGGCUCCCUGACCUGAAAUCCGGGCAACUGGGAGAUUUUUUUUGAGGAGGGCGGGGGGAGUCAAUGUCUGGUUUCAAACGUGGCUCAGCUACUUUCUAGGUGUCUCUGAAUCUGUCUUAGCUUUUUCCUCUGUAAUGUGGGCUUUCAGAGGCACGAACUUCAUGGGGUUCCUUGGGGGAUUAAAUAAGGAAAUGUGUUGAAAGUGGCCAGCACAGCGCCUGAAACAGAAUGGGGCCUCUGUAACUGGGGGCUCCGAAACAAGCUCACCACGGCAGGGCAGCGCCAUGGCCAGCAAGCGUCGUGAGGGCGAGCACCCAUCCGUGACGCUCUUCCGUCAGUACCUGCGCAUCCGCACCGUCCAACCCGAGCCCGACUACGGGGCUGCCGUGGCCUUCCUUGAGGAGAGAGCCUGCCAACUGGGCCUGGGCUGUCAGAAAGUGGAGGUGGCAGCUGGCCGUGUGGUGACUGUGCUGACCUGGCCAGGCACCAACCCCAGACUCUCUUCCCUCUUGCUCAACUCCCACACCGAUGUGGUGCCUGUCUUCAAGGAACAUUGGAGUCAUGACCCCUUUGAAGCCUUCAAGGAUGCUGACGGCUACAUCUAUGGCAGGGGUGCCCAGGACAUGAAGUGUGUCAGCAUCCAGUACCUGGAGGCUGUGAGGAGGCUGAAGGUUGAGGGCCACCAUUUCCCCAGAACCAUCCACAUGACCUUUGUGCCAGAUGAGGAGAUUGGGGGUCACCAAGGCAUGGAGCUGUUUGUGAAGCGGCCCGAGUUCCAGGCCCUGAGGGCUGGCUUCGCCCUGGAUGAGGGCCUGGCCAACCCCACUGACGCCUUCACUGUCUUUUACAGUGAGCGGAGCCCCUGGUGGGUGCAGGUCACAAGCACCGGGAAGCCAGGCCACGGCUCACGAUUCAUUGAGGACACGGCAGCAGAGAAGCUGCACAAGGUUGUGAGCUCCAUCCUGGCUUUUCGGGAGGAGGAGAGGCAGAGGCUCCAGUCAGACCCUCAACUGAAGCAGGGGGCCGUAACCUCCGUGAACCUGACUAAGCUAGAGGGUGGUGUAGCCUAUAAUGUGGUACCUGCCACUAUGAGCGCCAGCUUUGACUUCCGCGUGGCACCAGAUGUGGACCUGAAGGCUUUCGAGGAGCAGCUGCAGGGCUGGUGCCAGGCAGCUGGCGAAGGGGUCACCUUCGAGUUUGCUCAGAAAUGGACAGAGCCCCGAGUGACAUCUACUGAUGAUUCAGACCCCUGGUGGGCAGCUUUUAGUGGGGUCUGCAAGGACAUGAACCUCACCCUGGAGCCGGAGAUCUUCCCCGCUGCCACAGACAGCCGCUAUCUUCGCGCGGUGGGGGUCCCAGCUCUGGGCUUCUCACCCAUGAACCACACACCCGUGCUGCUCCACGACCACGAUGAACGGCUGCAUGAGGCCAUGUUCCUCCGCGGGAUCGACAUAUACACUCGGCUGCUGCCUGCCCUGGCCAGCGUGCCCACCCUGCCCAGCGAAAGCUGAGCCCCGCGCUCUCCAACCUCCACCCCGAUCAGUGCCAAGGACCCUUCUUCCCCCCUGCCCAACAAUAAAGUCUGUGUGGACAGGGACCACUUCUGAAGUACUAACA